AGGAAGAGGCCAGGAUAUUCCUGAAUGAACGUCUCCAUCAUCACCCCACACCUCCGCCCGGCGCCCGCCUCCCUCCCGCCACUCGCCGGUGUCGCUUCGAGGCACAGCCAGUUUCUAUAGCGACGGCGCUGAUCCGCGGCUCUUCCGAGUAGUAACAAAGCCGGCCGGCCGCCCGCUGCCGCGCCGGAGCUGAGGGGGGACGAGGCUCCCUCUCCCGAAGACACCCCGCUCGCUUGCGGCGCCCCGGACAGGACAAAUUGAACAGAGAACAUACCAAUGAUGAAUCAUCUGGUUUUGUUAGUAGUCAGACGCUUUGGUCAUGGAUGGAUGGAUGGAUAGAUGGAUGAAUAGAUUGAGCCCAGAACUGUAAGCCAGCCUGGCAGCUAGUAGACUUUUCAGGAAAUAAAGUUUGAAGCAAAUGACCUCCAGAGGUUCCUUCCAAUCUAAAUUACUCUGUGAUUUUGCCACUUGAAUGCAGGAAUUAGUGGAUUAUGUUCCAUGAUCUCCACUGCACAGGAGGGUGCUUUUUCUUAGGGUGCACUUUCUGAGAGAGUCUUCCAGAAGCAGAGAAGGAUAAAUAUGGCUCAGAAGUCCUCAAGUAAUACUGUAGUCAUUUGACUCUAGAGGAGACACUAGAACUGGAUUUUAUUCAGUUUCAGAGCUCCUUCUGUCAAGAAGCCAAGCCCAAGGAAAAAGUUUUUACCCAUGUGGAGAAGAACAGGCAUUUCUUGCAUUCCCUGCAAGUGAACGUUUGCAAGAAGUUCUUUUUCUUGGAAAAUGGAUGCCUGGCUCAGAGUAAAGGACAUGCAGUACACACCCCCUAGCAGAAGCUGAAAAUAGAUGAUGCCUGCUGAUGCUUUGGACAAUGUCAUCUCUUCUUUUCCUGUUUGAGAUGGGUGAUGUGAUCAUCAGGAAAAAGUUCUAAAAGAAGCCUAGAGUGACCUCUUCAUCCAUUGACUUCUCUUUCCUGAAGUCUAAAAACCAUCAGAAGAAAUGACCAGUCAGCUACCAGAGGAGUCUGUGGAAACCCAGAGCUCAGAUGAGCUCGAGUGCAAGAUCUGUUACAACCGCUAUAACCUGCGACAGAGGAAACCAAAAGUGCUGGAGUGCUGUCACAGAGUAUGUGCCAAAUGCCUUUGCAAGAUCAUAGACUUCGGUGACUCCCCACAAGGAGUCAUUGUAUGCCCGUUUUGCAGGUUUGAAACGUGCCUGCCAGACGAUGAGGUUAGUAGUCUUCCUGAUGACAACAACAUCCUUCUGAAUUUAGCUUGUGGGGGAAAGGGAAAAAAGUGCCUACCAGACAACCCAACAGAACUCUUGCUGACUCCCAAGAGGCUGGCGUCACUGGUUAGCCCUUCUCACACCUCUUCUAAUUGCCUGGUUAUAACAAUCAUGGAAGUACAAAGAGAAAGUCCCCAGACCCUGAACUCAACCCCUGUUGUGGAAUUUUACAGGCCUACAAGUUUUGACUCUGUUGCAACUGUGUCCCAUAACUGGACAGUGUGGAACUGCACAUCUUUGCUCUUCCAGACCUCAAUUAGGGUGCUAGUGUGGUUGCUUGGGUUGCUGUACUUUAGUUCCUUGCCUUUAGGGAUUUAUUUACUGGUAUCUAAGAAAGUUACCCUUGGGGUUGUCUUUGUAAGCCUUGUUCCUUCGAGCCUUGUUAUUCUCAUGGUUUAUGGCUUUUGCCAGUGUGUUUGCCAUGAAGUUCUAGACUGCAUGUCAUCUUGAUAACAAAUACAGUAAAAUAAGAUGUAUUGUCACUUGCGUAGCA